AGAAAAAAGGACAUAAAGAAAGAUUCUUGCUCCUGUAAUGAAGUCAACAAAAUGGAAGAAGCAACCUAAGUGAUUCGAAGGCUACACGCACGAAAUACUGAGUAUAACCUGCGAUCAUGGUGAAAAUCACCCAUUCUUUUUUAUUGUUAUUUUCAGAUCCUUUGGUGCAUGGAUAAUGGUCUCUGGGCUAUCUGUCUGUUCUGUCUCCCUAUAACCAUCAUUCUACAGAGUAACUAUGCAGUGGCAAGACAUCGGCAAGCAAGCAAGACCAGUCAGCAUCUGCACUCUCGGCACGUUUGGCUGUCCGGAGUAGUCCUUACUUUGCCUGUCCCUGCACAUUCACCACUGCACAUUAGUUACUGUGUACUCUCUCUGUGUGUGUGUGUGUGUGUGCGCGCUCCAUGCAGACUGCACUGCUGCAGUUGUGCCUUUAAUCUCACAUCACAAACUUACUAGUACUUCUAUUCCCAUAACACAACCAUCCUUCUCCAAAACCACCUCGACC